AAACCCCAGAUGACAAGAAAUAUAUAGAGACAAGAGUUGGAAGACAAAAGAAAAAUUAGAAGAAAAAAACAACCUUGAAUGGGGUAUAUGCAAGGAAAAGUUGUACGUGGGUGUUCCUCGUCAGUGUCAACCAAAAAGCUUUUUUACAACUCAGAAACCCUCUCUCUCUCUCUCUCUCUCUCUCUCUCACACACACACACACACGCAGGAAGAGGAAGCCUUAUAAUCUAAGUGUUUCCUAUAUUAAGACCUUGUAACUGCAAAAAAGUGAUGCAUCCUUCCAUAUAUUUGCAUAGUAAAGAACACAUUUAUUACUUCAUCAAUAAAUAUUUGAUCUUUGCUUGCUAGCUAGCAAACCCAACCCAAAAUUUCAUCACCCACAAGGAGGAAAUUCCCACAACAUUAAUUUUCUCAAUAUGGGCCUUCCAAGACUAGAGCCACCUCUCUCUGAAACUUCAUCCAUCAUCUCUGUUUCAGAUGCUCAACCAUGCCUAAAAGCCUCCCCAAAAGAUGGAAAACAACAGGAAAAAGAAGAUCUUGUAUUGGAUCUAAGCCUCUCCAGCAAGGAUUCCAAUCGUGGGUCGAAGCCAGAACUCAAUCUCAUAGACUCUUUCGUUGUAAACUCACCUGAUGAUCAUCAAGGUAAUGAAACCGAGCCACGGGUUUUCUCGUGCAACUAUUGCCAGAGGAAAUUUUAUAGCUCGCAGGCUCUCGGAGGACACCAAAAUGCGCACAAACGGGAGCGGACGCUCGCAAAAAGAGGUCAGAAAAUCACCGCCGGUUUCGGAAACCGAUACCCUAUCAUGGCUUCUCUACCUUUGCAUGGCUCUUUCAACAGGUCUCUUGGAAUUCAGGUCCACUCCAUGAUUCAGAAGCCCGCUUACCAAUCAUCGACCGUUGGUUCGUCUUAUCUCUACGGGCAAAACGGGUGGUCAAGACAGCCGUUUGAUCAACAGCCAGCUAUUGGACGGCUUGCAUCGGAGAAUUACGCCGGAGUGGCAAUAUCGUCGCCCACGAGUACUAGUGUUGGAGCUGCAAGAUUCGAUAGCGUUCGUAAGUUUUCUCCGUCGACUGAGGGAAUUGGAGGGUUUUGGUGGGAUAGCGUUGGUCGUUUGAAGACUAAACCAGACGAGUUGCAGAAGCUCGACUUGUCCCUUAAGCUCUAAGUAGUUUUCUUUUUUCCCCUUCUUUCUUCUGGUUUUUUUCUUUUUCUUUUUCUUUUUCUUUUUCUUUUCUCAAUUGAUCGAUUUAGAAGUGACUUUUCAUUUAAUGUUUGGUUGCAACUUUUGUAAAUGCUUUUCGGCUACGGAAGAAGACAUUUGGUAAAUUACUUGCUAAA